CAAGGAUAUUAUGUUUGGUGUGGCUGAUAGCCCUGUAGCAACGAUCCCGCAAUACAGGUGCCACAUCACGCUAUCCCACACGAACCCCGACCGUCAACCUCCAACCUCUCGCUCCUCAUCCUUUCAAACCACAACAUUUCGCACAAAUAUCUUAUCCGGUCCGGGAACUCCUCCCUUCAACAUUUAUCUCCACCUCUCGUUCACGACCUACGAACGCCUUUUACUGUUCGAAUCAAGCCAUGCCUGUGUCGGGACCAGAGCGGACUCGGAAACUUCAGCUUCCUCAACAUUACGACUUAUAAUCCUCGCCUUACCAUAUGUGACAGUGCUCGAAUUACCAGAAUAUCCCCUUCAUAUCCAACUUCGGAGUUGUAUGGGCCAAAAUGUUGAGAGGCCUUACCCGAACCCCAACGAGAGUCCCAGGACAUCACACGUGUCUGCCAGAUGACCCGAUUGGCGUCGAUAAUACGAGUGGCUUUGGCUUUGACCCCGGAAGCAAAAACAAAGCAGAGAAAGACUUCAGGAAUCAGUCAUUCGCGACGCAGAAUGCGCCUGGGCAGCCUUCUAUGGAGGAUUCGAGCCCCGAGUUGGAGCUUUCCGGUGGUGCAUUACCGUGGCUCAGCGGUCCUUCGAGGCAGGCUUAUGGGCAGGAGACACUAUACUCAAGCUAUCAACCAAGCACCCAAGACGCAUUCUAUAGUCAAAAUGAUGCUAUGCUUCCCUCAAGUCAUAGCUGGGAUGACUCUGGAGAAUAUCCAGAUCAGGCGUGUCUAACCUCACCACCUGUUCUUGAUCCGACUUUCACAAACCCCUACCAAGAACAACAGAUGGCACCACUACAAGAGUACACGCCGACGUCAACAUCUAAUACAGAUUUUACGGACAUCUCCCAAAAUCAUGACAUAUUCUCUUCCAACUCACCAUCAGCGCCAACCUCUCCAUCAGAGGAAUGCGAGCCCACGCAAAGCUUUAACUCCAUACCCAUCACAACCUUACCAUCCAACGAGCCAAACCCACAACCAACUCGCAAAUUAUCACGAGUCUCAAACACAGGAAGUGAAACCCGUGACGAAAUAUCUUGCUCAAAUUGCUCCACGAACAACACCUCUCUAUGGCGAAAAACCCAUGACGGCUUCCCUGUGUGCAAUGCCUGCGGACUCUUUAUGAGGUUGCAUGGAAUACCGAGGCCACUGUCAUUAAAGACGGAUGUUGUCAAGAGACGGAAGCGGGAACGAGUUUCUGGUGCCAGUGCGACGGGAAAGUCGAGGCCGAGAACGCGUGUGUCCAGACAUGAGGCAAAGGUGCUGCCGAUUUCGGAGUACAAGAGCGGGUGAGACGUUGUUGGGCUAAGACACAUCGGAGAAGUUUUUUGAGUGAGGUCGUUGGGAGAGAACAUGGUAUCUCAUUGCUCUGAGCGGGAUGGGUGGGCUCUGAGAACUACGCGUCACGUGUUUCUUACGAUUCGAGGAGGUGGAUGCAUCGAGGAGCAUGGCAGAGAAAGAGAACGGACGUUCAUUUCACGAUUAUCUUUUGUCAUUCAUUCGUCUGGGUAUUCCAAUUAGAUAGGUGGAUAAUGUGGGAAGCAAGGAAACGGGGCCAUGUCGCGAUGGCGACAGUUAAGCGAAGGAAAAGGGGGGCAUAAUCAAUUUAGAAUCAGUUAGGAAACGUUUCCAAAACAUUUGGCAAUAGCAGAGACGAAACUUUUCAAAUUGAG